AUGGCCGCCUUGCUCCACGUAGCGGCUCUCCAGCCCCCUCACCCCACCCCAAAAACCCAUCAUCCAUGGACGCACAGCCGGGCCACCACGUCCAUCCUCUCGGCACCUGACGCAGCCCCGUCGAAGCGACGACGAGCCCCAGCUCGGCGGCUACACGCGGCCGGCAACGGCAGCGGCGUCGGCACGCCAGCCACGGACAGCACAAGCAGCAAGAAGCCGAGCCGCAAGGAGAAGCAGCGGCAGCAGCAGCGGGUGCGGGAGCGGGAGGAGCAGCAGCAGCUGCUGCUCCUGAAGGAGUCGCUCGUGGAGCCCGCCCGCGAGGAGGACGGCGGCGGCCGCGGCGACGACGAGCUGCCGCAGGUGGUGUUCGACCGCAUCCUCCGGCGGAUCCUGUUCACGGUGGGCGUCCCGAUGGCGUCGGGCGUGGCGCUCCUCAACGUGUACGACGCGCUCAAGCGCGGGGGCGGCGCGGAGGUGCCGUCGUGGGUGCAGCUGCUCACCAUCCUCCUCUCCUUCGGCACGUCGGCGCUCGGCAUCGCCUACGGGACGCUGUCGGCGAGCUGGGACCCGGAGAAAGAAGGCUCGCUGCUCGGCAUCGACGAGGCCCGGACCAACUGGCCGGAGCUGUGGAAGGAAGAGAUCGAGAAGGAUAACAAGCUACAGCAGUGA